AUGAUCGAGCCGCCGCGAUCUGGGAAAGCAGGAAUCUUCGUUACAUCGCUGUAUGCUUUAUGCUGCAAUGUCUCUACGAUCGAAGGCUGGGAAAUCGAACGACACGAGCAACUACUACGCAGAGCAAGAGUCCUUGGCGGCUACCUGGACGGUCCCGAUGGUACAAAGAUCCGAAUCACUAGGCAAGAGUUUCCUUAUGACAUUGGUAUCUGGCGCAACAUUUGCGCUGGCAUGGGUUCCAGUAAUCCGAUAGCAUGGUUCUCCCCUUUUGCUCAAUCACCUAACACGGACGGCUUGACGUUUGACACUAAUGGGUUUGAAGAACCAGGAACGAGCUGGCCACCUCCAGAUCCUGAUAGAAUGCCCCGAAUCCAGCGUGGUCCAGAAAGCAUGGACGCUUUUACAGUGCAACAUGCUGGUCUGACAGGUCGCGAGGAGAUUGAGGCAUUCCGACGUCGACAGGAGGACGAUUAUCAGCGCAGAUUUGGUCAUGUAGAAAGACGCAAAGUGUUUCAUAAGCGGUACGAAUCUAAUGCAUCUUCGUCGCUCGAGGUCAAUAUCGCCCAGGAAGAAGACUCUACAAGCGGCGAAGAAGGCUGGCAAGAUUCGGGUGGAAACCGUCUUGAUGAUUUUGGCGUCGAUGAAGAGGUCGAGUUCUACGACGAAGAUGAGAUACCUCUGGCGGAACUUUUGCGAAGAAGGCAGGACAAAUACGCUUCGGGCUAA